AUGGGCGCUUGCACCUCCAGGGAUGCCAAUCGGACACCUCGACAACUUAACAAAUGGAAGGUGGAUGAGCCAAAUUUAAAAAAGCUUGAGGAGUUUGCAUCAAAUUCGGAAGGAGUAGUUGACAGCAAUAAGGCUGCAGCUACAACAAGCGGAGACGAGGAGAGCGACUUUGCGCUUAAUUGCGUCGCAUACAGCUCUUUUCUGGAAAGCGACUGCCUUACUGGAUGGGAGGAUGGAUCCAUUCAUCGAGUCAAUUGGCACACGACUAGCACUGCUGUCAACGUCUGGAAGCCGCACACUCGAGCUGUGAAUCGCAUAGUCAUUGGAGAUAAGCUACAGAUGAUCUACGCGUGCUCUCGAGACACGACGGUGUCAAUGACACCGAUAGCCGAUAAACCAGCAUCUGAGACAGCAACUGUGUUGCGCGGCCACCAGUUGAAUGUGUCAACGAUCGCGAUAGAUGGUGCUGAGCAAAUGUUGUGCUCGGGGGGUCGUGAUACCCAAACGAUUUUUUGGGAUUUGUCAACAAGUCAUAUUGCAAGUAAGAACACGACAUCACAAAACGUAGUAACUUGCUCGGUCUGGAUGCCAGGUGAAAAUUUAGUUGCACAGGGCAGCGAAGACCUGAGUGUCAAAUUUUGGGAUCCAAGAACACCUCUCCGCGUGCCUGUUCAGUUGCUACUCGGAUUUGUGUACUUUCCAUUGAGUAUUGCUGUGUCCAGCGAGAUUGAUAGUACCUACCUUUUAACUUCGAGUAAGGGGUUCAAUGGCGUUGGCUGUGAGGCUCGAGUUUGGGAUAGACGUACUGGCAAGCAGGUUGUUGAGCUCCAAGGCCACCAACAAGAUACAACUGCGUGCUGUUUUUUGUCUGAUACUGCCUUUAGUAGUGAAAUUGACGUGGAAGCUCGAACGAUGCCGACGAUACCGGUGACUGCCUCUAAGGACGGAACAGUAAAGGUGUGGGAUACUAAAACGAUGUCCCCGCUUGCCGAGGCAAAUGCAGUUGGCGCCAAGCCCAUGUUCACGAUCGGCACGCUCAAGAAUGUGGACAGUCCCGAUAAAGAUUUUAUCAGUCGAGAUUGCAAACUUGACUGA